UUUUUUUUUUCUUUUUCAGUCAAUGGUUUUAUACAUUAGUUAUUAUAUUGGAAAGUACAAGCAGUCCUGCAGGCAGCUCGCAACCCCACUGCUACUCGCACUCUCCGCUAAUACUCGACACACAAACACUCGACCGCCGCCAGCGGCCAGGAUCUUUUCUCUUGCAUUUCCCGUUUUCUGCGAAUUUUUAGAUUGAAACGAUGUCGUCCGUCUGCUCCUCUGGCGGCGCCCUUGCCGCAGCGAAGCUUCUAAACUCGCCGAACCAGCCUCCUUGCAGAAACGCCGUUUUCAAAUUGAACAUUAAGUUCACGCCUCAGAAUCAACCGUCCGUUGGGAUCGGCUGUCGAACACAGUUUCGAUUACCUUGCGCCGGGCUAGGGCAUGAGCCGGAGCCGGUGAUGGGAACAACUGAUUUAUCGGGAAAUCUCGAGGAAUCCAAAACGGACGAUAAUGGCGGCAACGGGGAUGGCGGGAAUGGGCGGUUCCCUCAUGGAGGCGGCGGCGGAGGUGGGGAGGGAGAUGGAGGUGAUGGCGAUGAGGAGGAGUUCGGCCCAAUUAUGAAAUACGACGAGGUUUUGGUUGAGGCGGAAAGACGAGGCGCCGUUCUGCCGGCUGACAUGCUUGAGGCGGCGAAAACCACGGGACUUCGCAGAUUGUUUCUUAUCCGCUACUUGGAUUUUCAGGGUUCGGCUUGGCCUUUAGGAUUUUUGAUGAGAUAUUGCUCAAUGCUUCGGGACAGGAUGCUGGUCGAUCCUUCUUUCCUGUUUAAAGUUGGGACUGAGAUAGUAAUCGAUUCCUGUUGUGCAACGUUCGCGGAAGUUAAGAAGAGGGGAAAGGAUUUCUGGGCCGAGUUCGAAUUGUAUGCUGCUGAUUUGUUAGUGGGUAUUGUUGUUGACAUUGCUUUGGUUGGUAUGUUGGCCCCUUAUGCUCGUAUAGGCAAACAAUCCGUAUCCAGUGGAUUUUUUGGACGUUUACAACAUGCUUGUGGAGCACUUCCGAGCAGUGUCUUUGAAGCUGCAAGGCCAGGAAUUAGAUUUUCAACUCAACAGCGGAUUGCAACAUACUUUUACAAGGGUGUUCUAUAUGGCUCCGUAGGUUUUGGAUGUGGUCUUAUUGGCCAAGGCAUCGCAAAUACAAUCAUGACUGCUAAAAGGAGUUUCAAGAAGUCUGAGGAGGAUGUACCAGUGCCGCCCUUAGUGCAAAGUGCUGCCCUCUGGGGCAUCUUUCUUGCAGUAUCAUCAAAUACCCGUUACCAAAUUAUAAACGGGCUUGAAAGUCUUGUAGAAGCUUCACCGAUGGCUAAGAAAAUGCCGCCUUUGGCCAUGGCUUUCACAGUGGGUGUACGUUUUGCCAACAAUAUAUAUGGCGGGAUGCAAUUUGUGGAUUGGGCUAGGUGGAGUGGGGUCCAGUAGAAGAGCUACUAGACAUCAGUAACUGAACUGGCCACUGGUAUCUGUUCAUUCCCUAAACGAGAGGAAAUCGAGCAUCAAACUUUUCAUUAAUUUACCAGUCUUUGACAGGUAUUUCCUAGCUGUAACAGGUUUUUCAUGUCAAGAAAUAUGUUUUUGUGUAUGGAGUGCCAGUGGUUAGGGAUCCAAAGUCUGGUUGUAGCUGGUUAGAUUGUUUUGAGAAGACCGUAUUUCGUAUUUGACUAUUUGUAGUUGUUCCCGGAUAAUGUUUUAUUGUUUAUGGAUUCAAUUUAGAUUUUUCAGGGCUAGUUGAUUUUAUAUUUUUAUUCGUUGCUAG